AUGGCUAGGCCAGCUCUUGUGCUCGUGUGCUGCUGCCUGCUGCUGGCGUACGCGGCGGCAGCGCGCGUUCUCGGCGAGGGCGAGCCUUUCGGCGGCCGGAAGAACCCCGCCGACCCGCACCAUUCUCCCGGCUCACACGGGACUCCGCCCUGCUCGCCGACCACGCCUACCACACCUGGCGGUGGCGGCGGCGGCGGCUAUUACCCGCCUUCGCCGGACAUCGGCACUUCCCCGACCGCACCGACAACUCCAGGCGGUGGCGGCGGGUACAAUGCUCCCCCGUCACCGUCCAGUGACACCUCCCCGACUACGCCCGGUGGUGGUGGUGGUGGGUACUACGGUCCUCCUUCGCCGUCCUCUGGCACCUCCCCGACGACGCCCGGUGGUGGUGGUGGCGGGUACAGUGCUCCCCCUUCGCCGUCCAGUGACACCUCCCCAUCGACGCCUGGAGGUGGUGGUGGGUACUACGGGCCCCCUUCGCCGUCCAGUGACACCUCUCCAUCGACGCCUGUGGGUGGUGGUGGGUACUACGGUCCCCCCUCGCCGUCCUCUGACACCUCCCCGACGACGCCCGGCGGCGGUGGUGGAGGGUACAGUGCUCCUCCUUCGCCGUCCUAUGGCACCUCCCCGACGACGCCUGGAGGUGGUGGUGGGUACUACGGCCCCCCUUCGCCGUCCUCUGACACCUCCCCGACCACGCCCGGUGGCGGCGGCUACUGGAUAAUGCACCCGGGCGUGGUGUGGGGCCUGUUCGGCUUCUGGUGCCCGCUGGUGCGGCUGUUCGGCCCGAGCGCGGCGGUGCCGUUCGGGCACGACCUGACCGUGCCGGAGGCGCUGGCGAACACGCGCCAGGACGGCGUGGGCGCGCUCUUCCGCGAGGGCACGGCGUCGCUGCUCAACUCCAUGGUGAACAACAGGUUCCCUUCACGACGCAGGAGGUGA